UUUAGAUUUAGUGCGGGGAAAAGGAGAAGCAUGUGGUUCGGCAUAAUUGAGUGUCUUGUCUUGUCUCUCCAUGUUCAUCACUAGCUCCAUGGUUUCUUCCUUCAAAAACUAGAACUAUUUUCUGUGCCAUCUCAUCUGAUCUACCUUCAGUCCACUAAAUAAACAAUAACACAAUUUGUCUUUUGACUUUUGUCUCAAUACGACUUUUUCUUUUCCCCUUUGGAUGCCUCUCUCAUUGUGUUUUGCAUUCAUGCAGAGAGAAAAAUUUGAGCUUGUUCAUGCAAUUUAUUUUUAAAAAGAGAAUUUUUUAUAUAUUUUUUUGAAUUAAAAAAUGGAAACGUGAAAAGUGAAGUUAGGUGAAAAUGGGUUGUUAUGGGCCGAGCCAACAAGCUCAAGUCAGCGGGAUUCCAGUCUUCUCGGUCUACUUAAUAGAGAAGAAAGGAGAGAGAGAGAGAUUUGGAAAGUAAGAAAGAUGGAUUAAGAUUGAAUGAGAAAUAAAAUAGUAUUUGUUGGUAGUCAUAAUUACUUGCUUUAAUGGAAAGAGAGUGAAGAUUUAUUAAAAUAAGGGAGAAGGGAUUCAGUUUGGUAAUGGUGUUAGCCUUAUUAGGCGUCAACAAGGAUCAGUACCUAGCCGUAAUUUUACUGUUGAUGCUCAUUCUGACCACCGGAAACGGUGGAAAAUGGAUCCCGUUUGCCGAAGGUAGCGGUACUGGUACCGGAGGAGGAGGGGGCGGUGGAGGUUUCUGGUAUGCGGCUGCUCCUACUUCCAAUGUCGGAAUAGCCAUCGCCUUGACGGCCAUGGCCGGUCUUGCCUUGGCCGCCGCCGUCUUAUAUACUCAUAGGGGUAGUCUUAAAUCACCAUGGUCCCGAAGGAGAAGAAAACGUGCGCUUCUUGCCAAACAAUGGAAGAGCUUUUUUACACCAGAUGGAAGACUUAUUGAAGGUGGUGUCAAGUUUCUGAAGAAAGCCCGUAGUGGGGGAGUUGAUCCAAGUAUUAGGGCGGAGGUUUGGCCAUUCCUCCUUGGAGUAUAUGAGCUAAGCAGUUCCAAGGAAGAAAGAGAUUCUCUUAGCAUGAAGAACAGAAAAGAAUAUGAGAGCUUGCUGAAAGAGUGCUCCAAAUUACAUCGACGCAGCUUAAGGAAUUCUAAAUUUAAGGAAACUGCAGAAAAUAGCAGUAAUGAGGGCAGUGGCGAUUUCAGUCAAGUUCUUGAUUCUCCUGGCUUUGAAGAUGUGGCAAGUUCGAGGAGGUCUAUUUCCUCCGAGAGAGGAAGUCCAGCAGCUGAGGAUCUGUACCCCCCUUUAUAUGAUGAUACCCCUCGAAGCUCUAGAUUAUUACUGGAAGGAGAAGGUGAUAAGAGUUUAUUUACCCUCGAAGAGACAUGUGCUGGUGACACUGAAUCUAAUGAUUCUGACUCAUCUGUUGAAACUGAGAAUGUACCACUACUUUCUACGGAAGAAGCUGGAGGAAAUGAAGUUCUUAAUGCAGAGGAAAAUUCAAAGGAGAUCGACAGUAACUCUAAAUCCCACAUAGAUGAAGAUUUUGUCACAUGGCAGAGAAUCAUUCGGCUUGAUGCCGUGAGGGCAAAUGAUGAAUGGACUGCUUAUUCACCAUCUCAAGCUGCAGUGUCAGAAAUCAAGGCGCAACGUCUUGCUCAGGCUGUUGGCUUAAAGGAUUAUAAUCAUCUGGAACCAUGCAGAAUUUAUCAUGCUGCUCGCCUGGUUGCUAUACUUGAGGCCUAUGCACUAUAUGACCCUGAGAUUGGUUAUUGCCAAGGGAUGAGUGAUCUAUUGUCACCAAUUGUAUCAGUUUUGGAGGAGGACCAUGAAGCUUUCUGGUGCUUUGUGGGUUUCAUGAAAAAGGCUAGGCAUAAUUUCCGGCUUGAUGAAGUCGGAAUAAGAAGGCAAUUGAGUAUUGUUUCCAAGAUAAUCAAGGGCAAGGCUAUUCAUCUCUACCGGCACUUGGAGAAGCUUGAAGCAGAAGAUUGCUUCUUUGUGUAUAGAAUGGUGGUGGUUCUAUUUAGAAGGGAGUUAACUUUUGAGCAGACACUUUGUCUGUGGGAAGUGAUGUGGGCAGACCAGGCAGCCAUUCGAGCUGGGAUUGCAAAGUCGGUUUGGGGGAGGAUGAGGCUAAGAGCCCCUCCCACUGAUGAUCUUUUGCUUUAUGCAAUUGCAGCCUGCGUAUUACAAAGGAGGAAACUUAUUUUAGAAAAGUAUAGCAGCAUGGAUGAGAUUAUGAGAGAGUGCAACAGCAUGGCUGGCCAUCUGGAUGUCUGGAAGCUUCUUGAUGAUGCUCAUGAUUUGGUGGUCACCUUUCAUGACAAGAUUGAGGAGACCUGUAAUGCUCACUGACCCUCUUUUUCCCCUGCAAUUCACUGUUGCCUUCUUUUUCCUUUUUACAUGAUUUUGUUGCUGCAACUGCUGAUCCCUUUUAAACCAAGGUAUCUUCAGUUCACAUUACGCACGGCUUGACACAAGCAUUUGAGAAGCAGUUCCUGUACUGAUUAAAUUAUGAAAUUAUAAGAAAUAUGAUGUAUCGCCCGCGUUCAGGACUCAUUUGAGCGAAGAGGCAUCAUUGCAAAAUUAGUGAUUUAGAACCUUCAGGUUGUUGGCUUAAUCGAUUUUUUUUUCUUUUUUUCAUCUCAUAGCUCUUUGUAUGCACACUAUUGACAUCUCCAGUGUUGUCAUGUACUAUUUCUUUAUUUCUGUUUUCUUGGUCAAAAAGUUUCUAAAAAUGUAGCACAUUUAGCAGGUGCCAAGUUCAAGAAGCAUUUUACAUCAGAA